AUGGACGUGCACGUGCUAGGCGAGGGCGACGUCGAUACGGAGGUCCUGGACCCCGCCCAUGCGGUGCUCAAGCUGAACUCCGGACACACCAUCCCGGUGGUCGGACUGGGGGUCUACCUCUGCGAACCAGGAGCCCAGGCUUACGAGGCUGUCCUCUCCGCGCUGCGACUGGGGUACAGGCACAUCGACACCGCCCAGGUCUACGGCAACGAGAGUGAUGUUGGAAGGGCCGUCCGGGAUUCCGGCAUUCCACGAAAAGACAUCUUUGUCACCAGCAAGCUUAGCAUAAGGAACUGGGGAAAGAGUCGGGCGCAGGCUGCGAUUGACGAGAGCCUGAAGAAACUUGGACUGGACUACAUCGAUCUCUUCCUCCUUCAUGCCCCUGGUAGUCUUGACACCCGAGCCGAGACUUGGGCAGUGCUUGAGAGCUACCAUCGCCAGGGGAAGCUAAGGUCGAUCGGCGUGUCCAACUUUGGCGUGGUCCAUCUGGAGAAGCUGGCACAGACGGCGCAGGUCACCCCCGCCGUCAACCAGAUCGAGCUGCACCCAUUUCUGCAGUGGCCGAGGCUCGUGCAGUACUGCCAGUCCAAGGACAUCAUUGUGGAGGCAUACUCACCGCUGGCAAAGGGCCAGAAGCUGGAUGACCCAACCGUGAAGCAGCUCGCCCAGAAGCUCAAUGUGACGCCAGCCCAGCUCCUGAUACGGUGGGGCAUACAAAAGGGGUUUGUGUCACUGCCAAAGUCCACUGUGCCUGCGCGGCAGGAGGUCAACCUGAAUGUAUUCUCCAUCACCAUUCCUGAUGAUGACAUGGCGACGCUGGAUGGACUGGAGGCGGACUUUGUGACCGGCUGGGAUCCCAUUCGCGAUGCACCUGUUUGA